AGCCGACGCACGGCAGACAUGAAGUCCAUCACUUAACACGGAGCUUUUGAAGUGUCCAGGUUACCGCGGCUGCUCAUAAAAGGUUCAAUAAGAAGCUGCUGCCCCCUGUCUCCUGACCACACAAGAGGGAGGGGGAGACACUGGGCGCGGCCUCAGGAUGACCGGGGGUCCGAGGAAGCGGGGCGGUGAGCCGGCGUCCGGAGACACAGAGCCGUGUGUGGGGAAAGAUGCAGGAGGAAGCUCCGGGGUGGCUCUGAAACAACAAAUCGGCCUCGUUAGCGCCUGUGGCAUUAUAGUAGGCAACAUCAUUGGAAGUGGCAUUUUCGUGAGUCCUAAGGGGGUCCUAGAGUAUGCCAGCUCACUGGGUGUUGCCCUCAUUGUGUGGGUCACUACUGGCAUUAUCACAGCCAUCGGUGCGCUCUGCUAUGCAGAGUUAGGUGUCACCAUCCCCAAGUCAGGGGGAGACUACUCCUAUGUCAAGGACAUCUUUGGAGGACUGGCUGGGUUCCUGCGUUUGUGGGUUGCAGUGUUGGUUAUCUAUCCCACUAACCAGGCCGUGAUCGCCCUCACCUUCUCAAACUACGUCCUGCAUCCACUCUUCCCCAGCUGCCUUCCCCCAUUAAUUGGCCUCCGCCUGCUGGCUGCUGUCUGCCUGCUGUUGUUGACAUGGGUGAAUUGCUACAGUGUGCGCUGGGCCACGUUUGUCCAAGAUGUCUUCACUGCCGGCAAGCUUCUGGCCCUGGGCCUCAUCAUAACCAUGGGUUUUGUCCAAAUAUGCAAAGGUCACUAUUACUGGUUGGAGCCAGCAAACGCCUUCGAGACCUUCCGCGACUAUGAAGUCGGUCGGAUCGCUCUGUCCUUCCUGCAAGGCUCGUUUGCAUACGGAGGCUGGAACUUCCUCAACUACGUCACAGAGGAGUUAGUCGAGCCGAACAAGAAUCUGCCACGUGCGAUCUUCAUAUCCAUCCCCGUGGUCACCUUUGUUUACGUGUUUGCCAACGUGGCUUACGCCACCGCCAUGAGCCCCCAGGAGCUGCUGGCCUCCAACGCUGUGGCAGUGACAUUUGGAGAGAAACUGCUAGGAGUAAUGUCAUGGAUCAUGCCUAUCUCUGUGGCGCUGUCCACCUUCGGGGGGGUCAAUGGCUCCCUGUUCACGUCGUCGCGGCUGUUUUUCGCCGGCGCGCGGGAAGGCCAUCUACCACGUCUGCUGGCCAUGAUUCAUGUCCAGCGCUGCACUCCCAUCCCAGCCUUACUGUCUACUUUGAUCUCCACUCUGCUGAUGUUGUGCACCAGUGACAUUUACACCCUCAUAAACUACGUGGGUUUCAUCAACUACCUCUUCUACGGCGUCACUGUCGCCGGGCAGAUUGUGCUGCGCGUCAAGGCGCCCAACAUGCAUCGACCCAUCAAGGUGAGCCUGGUGUGGCCAGUGAUCUACCUGCUCUUCUGGGCCUUCCUGCUCAUCUUCUCCCUCUACACUGACCCUGUAGUCUGUGGUAUUGGCCUGGCCAUCAUGAUGACAGGCGUCCCUGUAUAUUUUCUUGGAGUCUACUGGGAAAAUAAGCCAGAGUGUUUUGAUAUUGCGACAGGUAAAGUGACUCAUCUGUGCCAAAAGCUGUGCUUGGUGGUUUACCCAGUAAUGGAGGAACCGAAAGAUGCAGAUGGGGAAGCUGGAAACACCCUGCAAACACCGGAUUAAACAUGCACAGGAACAAUUCCUCACACAAACAUGUGGUUUGAGGGGGAAGAAAAGACGCCUGGGAAAAGACUCCCAGAAAGAUGAGCAUACAUAUUCACUUCACGAUCAUGUUAACAUUUCCAAAUGUUCCACAACACUGAACCUACUUGCUGUUUUUGUUUUUUGUUUUUUUUUACAGGCCUUAAUGCUGAACUGUUGUUUCGUUUUAUUGUCUGUGGAUGACUGUUUAAAUAUGAAAUGCAACUCAAAGAAAUGUCUUGUUUGUUUGUUUUCACCUUAGUACUUAAAACAUCUCCCUUUCUGUCUGUCUUGUUCGUGAGUGUGGGAGGUGGCGGUAAAUAAUGUCUAAGUUCUGUGUAUGUGUUGAUACGAUGACCUCACUGUAGUAGGGUUCAGUGUUAUAGGAUGUUAUUAGUACUGUCAAUACGUCUGUGUUUUCUGCCACAUUACAUAAAUUAUUCACUCCAAAUGUCCGUCUUUGUAUACGCACAGAGAGCUAAAGUUUGUAUUUCUUUAAGACAGAAUUUAAAAAAUGUAUGUAUUUGUGAAGAAAUAUCACAAUGAAAAGCUGCUCAAUGAGUUUUCUCUUAUCCAACGUAUGACUGAUGAAGUCAUUGUAAAAUAUCAAUAUAAACGUAUUUCUAAAAUCUUCCAA